CAAAGUGGGAAAAAUCUGCCAGGGACUGAAUGGUUGGGCAGACCAGGCUCUUUUUUGAGAGCUAAACGAAAGAGAUGUGCUAGAUUGUGACAGUUUAUGUAUAGUUACGAGUACAAUACUCUAUAUAAAGGAGCCUUCUUGAAGCUAAAUGAAUGAUGACCCUUUCAAUUUGUAUGUUUAGUCAGUUUAGUCGUACCGAAACCACAUGGCGCACUCGGGGCUUCACUAUUUAUGAUGAUGAUGUCGAUGAUGAUGAUGAAGUAGUAGUUGUUGAUGAUGAUGUCAACACCGUUUGUCACUUUUUAAACGAAGAGAAGACCAAUUAGUGUUGCUUUGAGAUCAUUGAAAUGAUUGCUCUGCUGGAACGUGUCUUUUUCUCUCUUUCUCACAAUAAAAAGGAAAUGAUGGUUUGAACCCCUCGCUCACCACUGGAUGGAUAGAGUCUUCAUCGAUUAAAGAGGAGAAAACCACGUUGAAUUUAUGGAACAUAUGCCCCAAGCAUAAAAAUAAUGUACAUCCAUACAUACAUACGAACUUAGCAGUAGUAGUAGUAGUAGUAGCAGUAGUAGUAGUAGUAGCAGUAGUAGUAGUAGUAGUAGUUGUAGUAAGGUAGUAAGGUAGCUCCUUUCCCCUGUGGCAUGCAUUCCUUCCGACAUUUCUGUCAAUCUGGGUGGUUCAGCCCAGGAAGGCUUUGCGGUUAGGUUAACCAAUUGAAGAGACAAUCUGUCUAACAAAUUCCCUUCUCAUUCUUUGGUUGCAGCCAUGAACGAAAGAGAAACUCUCCAUCAUCGUCUCUUUGAGACGCGGACUCAGAACAAAGCCAUGCGGACUCUUCUCCGAGAACAAAAGGAGCGAUCCCGUCAACUCUUUGCCGCCCUGGCAGCCAAACUUCAGGAGAAAGAGGCUCAAAUCGAACGGAUCCAAAGCCAAAGAGAGAGCGAGCUCUCGUUUUUGGCCCAAGAGGUCACGUUCCUACAAGGAAAUAUGCUCAAGGAACAGAAGCGCUUGAAGGAGAUCAUUCAAGACCAAGAGUCCAAGAUAUGCCGACUCGAAAUGGAGCUGGACAAGUGCAAGAAGCAUCACAACAUCAAAUCCAAGAUCUCCAAGUCGAAACUAUUGCAGGUCGAGGAUCAGGAUAUGGACACGCCCAGUUCCGAGGAUUGCUCGCCCAAGUCGAGUUUCUCGAAAGGACCCAAAAUCGAAAUCAAACCGAGGAUUCCCAAGAUCCCCGAGCACGGAAUAUCUUCCAAAGAGUCUUCCCCGCCCGCCAAAACCAACUUCAAUUCGUCCCUGCAUCCUUCACGUUCGAGCGGCACCGCUACGGAAAAACCGCCCGUGCCCAGUCGUGCCGGUGUGAACCGCAAGCUUCUCCACAAACCGCCGCCCCCGGCCCCGCCCGCUCGAGCGUCGAGUAUCGGUUCCAAACCGCGCAGAAUUCGCACCACAGAGCGUCAGGAUAGUGGGCGUGACAGCGACGGCUUCGGCACCGACGUGGACCGCAGCAACUCGCUCAAGUCCAAUGGCGAAUCUGCAGACUCGCUAAUGUCCUUGCGGCGAUUGUCCAUGACGGACACGGCCACCACCUCCGAGGAGCAAGUGGACCAAUUAUCGCCGGCCCAUUCUCGGGUCAGUGGCGACGAGGGCUUUUGCUCGUCGCACGAGGACAAGGCGCCGCCCUUGCCGCCGCCUCGAACGACGAGUAGCCCGGGCACGCCCACCGUGCCUCGUCUGGCCGUGAAUCAUCAUCGCGAUGUCCAGAAGCCUAGUGACGUGAAGCAUCGAUCCAAGUUCAAGUCGUCCACUUCGAGUUUGGGCGUGCUCGAGGAGCAUCAGGUCACGAAUCAACCGGGACAGCCCGUGGCC